AUGCAGCGUCCUCAAAAGUUAAAACGGCUGGUGCUUUCUGGCUGUGUGAACUUAAAGAAACUUCCAGAUCUUUCUACAGCUACAAACCUGGAGUUCAUAGAUGUAGAUGGUUGUAAGAAUUUGCUUGAGAUUCCGUCAUAUAUUCAAUAUCUCCGCAACCUUUAUUAUCUUAAUCUAUGCGGUUGUGAGAAGCUACAAAAUGUUCCAAGUCUAGUUCAGCUAGAAUCUCUCAAGUUUCUUUCUCUUUCUUACUGCUACAACUUGAAGAUUCCUCCAGAGAUUCCAGAAGGCAUACAGAAUUUAAGACUAAACAGAUGUGGGUUAAAAGCCAUAGCUGCCUUCGAGAAACUGCAAGAGUUACUGCAACUAAACAAGUGGUAUGAAUGUCUCCGAUUUCCCCACAAUCUUCAAAAGUUAUCUCUGAAUGGCUGUGAAAACCUAGACAGCCUUCCGAGUCUCGUGGAUUUGAAGUCUCUCACUUUGCUUGAUCUGUCCUGUUGCUCAAAUUUGACGAAGCUUCCAAAUAUUCCGAGAGGUGUACAAGUGUUGAGACUAGGAAAUUCUGGAAUAGAAAAAUUGCCCUCCUCAAUCAGUUGCCUGUCUUCGCUUGUUGAAUUGGAACUGAAGGAGUGUGAGAGGCUGGAGAGUCUUCCAAGCAGCAUUUGUAAGUUGAAAUGCCUUGAAAAGCUUCUUCUCAAUGGUUGCUCAAAACUUAAGGAAUUGCCUCCUUUUUUAUAUGGGUUGAUAUCCUUAAGGGAGAAAUCUAGCUGAAACUGCAAUUGUAAAAAUCCCUGGUGACAUCUUCUCUUUAUCAUCAUUAUUAGUACUGUGUCUAAACAACUGCAAGAGACUCCGCGUUCUGCCGGAGCUGCCAAAGCAAUUAAGACAACUCCAGGCACUGAAUUGUACAUCUUUGGAAACUGCAAAGAAAUCUUCGUCCUUCGCAGUCGUGCAAGAACCUAACAAAUAUACGUAUCAAUUCAAUUACUGUAAUUGCUUUAAUUUGAAACAGACAUCACAUUGCAACAUUAUAGCAGAUUCACUGCUGAGAAUUAAAGGAAUAGACAAGGCUACUGAGGCUUUGGAAUAUAUUGUCGGUUUUCCGGGAAGUGAAGUUCCAGAGCAGUUCGAAUGUAAAAGUGAAGGGUCUUCAAUAUCCAUUAAGCUCCCGCCGCAUUACAAUAAUAGUAAGGACCUGGGUUUUGCUUUUUAUGUUGUUGCAGAAUUCAAGUCUCCCUUUGUCAUUAAGGAGCAUUCUUUUUUAAAACUUGAAUGUGAAUGUCGUUUGACAAAAAAAAAAAAAGAACGGCAACCAAAAGGAUGACAACGACAAAGAUUUUGAUAGAGCAAUCUGCUGCUACCUUGAGGAAAAGGGUGAAAAAUACAUCCUUGAAUCAGAUCAUUUGUUCAUUUGGUACACGACGGAAAGUUACUGUGACAAUGGUAAUGAAGUCUCGUUUAAGUUCAAUUGCAAGGAUCCGUCUGGAGUAAAAUUAGAGAUAAAAAAUUGUGGGGUUCACAUGAUAUGGAUUGAGCAGAAGGAAAGUGAUCCAAAGCAAACUGUCAUUGCAGUGCCAGGCAGUCAAUCCAGAUUUUCAGGAGCAAAUAUUGCCAAUAAUUAAUUGAUCAUGAGAAGAGGGGGACUCUGUGGUUCCUUUCAGGAGCAAAUAUUGCCAACAAGAAUCUUCUUUUUUUCUGUUUUAUUCAUCUUUAACUGUUCUUCUGCAUCUUCUUGAGCAAACGUUUCUCAUUCCUAAGUACUUUUUUUUGAAAUAAUCGUAU